AUGAAUUCCCUGCUCCUUCACUCCUACCCUCCGUGCGCCCCCCUGGUUCAGUACUACCCCCUUUUCUGUGCUACCACUGAGUGCUCCCGUUUGACAGCUAACCUCGUCAACUCUCUACCUGAGCUUGUGAGUCAGCGCUGCGAGAUCGGUAACCUCUGCUCCAAAAACAACAACCUUCAUCAACUGUUUGCUGAUGUGUCAGCCAAUCCGGCGUGUGCUCUUGGCAUGGUCGACGACUUCACUGGCUCACAGCCGUUUCUCAUCAUGGGUUCCGCCUCUGUGCCCUCCGCUCUCACGCCCCCAACAAUACUUCAUGCAACCCAGGUUACCGACCUCGGCGGCGUCCGAAAAAUUCGUGCCGCGAGGCCAGCCGGCCGACCCAAUCGAAGAAGAGACCAUCCAGCCGCCGAGGAGCACUGCACUUGGCCGACGUGGAAGGAUCGAGAAGCGGCCACUAUCCUCGGCGGAUCGCAUAAGUACGUGAAGAAUACGGCGCCGCGGCGGGGCGAGGAGGGGCGCGCGGGGGUGGGGGCCGCCGGCGGGGGCGGCGGCGUCGUCUGGCGUCUGGCGUCUGGCGGCGGCGGCGGCGGCGGCGGCGGAGGCGGCGGCGGCGGCGGCAGUCUCCGGCCGGACUCGCGCCCGCACGCAUGGCCCGCAGCUGACGGCGGCCGCCGGCAUGCAGCGCAGCGUCGCCUCCGCCUCCGCGGCCCCCCACUAGCGGCUGCGGCGCAGCUCCCGAGCGCACUCUCAGCGGCCAUGCGGUGGCGCGUGCACGCCUUGCUGCUGGCGGCGCUGUGGCUGGCGGCGAGCGGUGCAGCGCGACCGCGGCCGCGGGCGCACCACCGCCGGCCGCACGUCCCGCCGCUCGCAGCCGUCACCACCACGGCGGGCGUCGACGACGCGAGCCGCAUCGAGGCCAUCAAGAAGCAGAUCCUCUCCAAGCUGGGCUUGCGCUCCAAGCCCAACGUCACCUCGGCGCUUCCGCGGGCCGUCGCUCUGGACACCCUGGAGCGCGCCGGCGGAGACGCCCGCCGCUCCACCGCCGCAGACAUGCCGCGCCAGCGCUCGGCCGAGACCGUGCCCGACGACUUCUACGGCCGCACCUCCGAAAUCAUCACGUUCGCCGAACCAGGUCACACCUUAAAUGGCCAGACCCUUCUUGAAUUCUCUCGAUUUCAAGAAAUGGAAGGGGAAGGAGCUGGCCCAGAACUGCGGGUGAAGGCUGCUGCUCUGUGGGUCCGCGUCGCCUUCCGCCCUUCGCUCCCUAAGGACCUGAGGAGCAUCCCUGACAAGAACCUUACGCUCUGGCUGUUCAAAGUAACCAAGCCGGCCACUGUAUCUUUUACCAAUGACACGCACCUGAGUGGUAAGGAGUUCGAUGACUACACAGAAAUGGCAGCAUCCUUACCUGUCACACUAUCAGGACUGGGAUGGCUGAAAUUUGAUCUCACAUCAACAGUGCAGAACUGGUAUGCUGCUAGACAUGCUCCAAGAGAACGUCUGCGCCUUCUGGUAGACUGUUCUGGUUGUUCUGAUAUGGUGGAAGCCAUCCUGUUCCAGCAGCGGCCACCAGAUGCUGAUUAUAAGCCACAUCCUGAGACUAGUUUCUCUAGGGUGAUUAACAGUAUUGACUCCACAAGUGACCUGUACUCUCAAAGUCACCCUAGCAGUCUGGGUCUCUCCAAUGAUACCCAGCGUCCAUUUCUAGUAGUCCACACAGAUCCAACUGCCAUUAGACGUGUCAGAAGAAGAGCAUUGGAUUGCACUGACGGAGACAAAGGUCCUUGCUGCAAAAACAAAUUUUACGUUAAUUUUACAGAAAUCGGAUGGGAAGACUGGAUUAUAGCACCUAGUGGUUACUAUGCAAAUUACUGUCGUGGUGAUUGUGGUGGACCUCACAGAACGCCAGAUUCCUACGUGAACUUCCAUACACCUCCGCUGGAGGAGUAUAGAAAGAUGGACAGCCUACCAGGUUUACAGCCUUGUUGUGCUCCACUCAAGUUCUCAUCAAUGUCUUUAAUUUAUUGGGGUCUAGAUAACAAAAUAAUAAAGAGAGAUCUCCCGAAAAUGGUUGUUGAUGAGUGUGGUUGUCCUUAGAAUAAAAACAUUCCUCCCUCAUUGUGUGUCUAUAUAUUUCCAAAAAACAUUCCAUAAACUCAUUUCAUUAAUUGUCAUUUUCAUCCAUUCAAACUUCAUAUCAUCAAUUUGAAUUUCACAGCUUUUAUUAUGACUAGACUGUUUUAUUGGAAACUAGCAUGUCAAUGGAGGAAACACACAGAAUCGAAGACUGACUGAUAUUUGACUGGGUGACACUUACAUUCUUAUCUUUUCAGCUCUUAUGCUGCCUAAUGUUUAGUAAUAUAAGUAUUAAUUUGUUAUAAAUUUUGGUAAAUAUGUAGGUCAUACAACGUAAUAAAAUUAUUAAGCAGGAGUUGGCAUACUAUAGAUGUGUAAUUUAUUACUAGCACUGUGUAGAUGUACUGCAUAAUUUUUUUUAAUUGUACAGUGACUCUGGUAAUGUUUAACUAUAGUUUUGAUUAUGCUAUUAAAACAUGAUGAAAUGAAAGUUUCUCUUUCCAUUCAAGCUACAGACAGAAGUUAUAAUUAAGCUGAGUUACCCAUAUUGAUUUUUCACCUUACAAGGCACUAUUUCCUUUUUUAUUAUUUUAAGUAUCUGUACACCUGUAAUAUUCUGUUACUUCAGUAACGAUGUAACAACAAUUUAGUAUGUAGAAUAUGAUCUUCAAACUUUAAAAUUUAAACUACAUUUUAGGAUGGCUUUUCUCAUAGCAAUACAAUGAUUGUAACAAAUAUAUAAUUGUGACAAUUAAUAUGCUUCUAAAUGAAUUUCACAAAUCAGAGCAAUAACAUUACAGUCAGAUAUAGCAAACAUAUUUACCAUUAUGUGUUACAAGAGGAACAUAAAGAGUAAUUUUAAUGGUGCAAAGCAUUUUAAAAACAUAAGGGAACAGCAUAGUGGCUACAGUACUCGGUUUUGUACACAAUAACUUUUCUUUCAAAGUUUUUAUGAAUGGAAAAUACAGGACACUUAUUUUUUAAAUGGGUAACAUAUAAUUUUUUUCUUAAAAUGACAGACUGUUCUGCUACUUAAUGGAUUACACAUGAAUCAGAUUAUAACCAUUAAAGUAAAUCUGUACAUCUGACACUCAAUUCUGUCAUCAAUAUAAAAUUUAUUAUUCUUCAUUCAGUUCUAAAAUAAAAAUUGUGUUUGUUAAAUCCAUUUUUACGGUGAUAUUUUGUCCUGCUACAUGCAGCUCUUAAUAAUGAUGAAUUUUCCAGUGAGCUACAUAAUAACUUAAAAAUAAGAAUUACUAAACAAUAAUUGCCUUUUAUAUUUUUCUCUACUUGAAUGGUUAUCUAUUAUUUAAAGUUAAAGUGUACUUAAUACUAUCCAGUUUGUUUCACUUAAGUUACAGUUUCUCGUUAAUAUUAGCAACUUUCAUGGUAACACUAGAAAUUUUUAUCCAGCAUAUUUCAUAAUAAGUAUUUGUUGAAGUGUGGUCUGUUUUUGUAAGAGAUUUCUCCUACAAAUUCACAAGUAAUUUGGCAGUCUUCUGGCAACAGAAAAAAAUAUCCCAAUUUCUGGUAGUGGCGUGUGUUGUCAGUUCUGUCUGCCUGUGAUAUUCACAAUAUGUAUUUAUUGCGGUAGUUCCAUAUAUUUUACAAGUGCAACUUUAGAGUAUCUGUAUUGCUGACGUAAUUUACAUUCAUGAAUAAAACAUUUUUUACAAAA